AUGGAACUGGCAUUGAGGGACAUGGGACUGGACGCAUCAGUGAUGGCGGCAAUCCACGACAUGUUAGACUUCUCCGACGACACACCCACCUCCGAGAGGUCCCGCCAUGGGCCGUCGCGAGCCUUUGUUCGCGACAACAAGGCGAUAAAGAACACGGCGGCCGACAUCUUGGAGUACCCCAACUCGUACGUUUUCAUCGUGGACAUGCCGGGGGUGGGGCCGGACCAGAUCAAGGUCCAGGUGGAGGACGAGAACGUGCUGGUCGUGAGCGGGGAGCGGAGGAGGGAGAAAGAGCGGGAGCAAAAGGAAGGGGUCAAGUACGUGAGGAUGGAGAGGAGGCAGGGGAAGUUUUUGAAGAAGUUCGAGUUGCCUGAGGACGCGGACCUGGAGUCGAUACAGGCGAAUUAUCAGGACGGGGUGCUUACGAUAACUGUGGAGAAGAAGCAGAAACCGGAGCAGAAGAGGCCGAGGACGAUUGAGGUCAAGGUUGGU